UAUAGUACGGCUUCCAGUUUUUAUCCUUUCCCCGUAAGAAAAGCACCUCAUGUAAUUUAUUCCAAAACAACGACACCGGUUAACACAGCCAUGACAAAGAAGGUGAAAAAUAAAGAAAACAUUCAUAUAGAAGGAUUAAUUUGAAAAUAAAAUGGCUGACGAGGGCAUGAAAAGUUUCCAGUUUAACUGUGACAUAAAUCUAGAGGACAUAGUGGACUCUGCAAUAGCUGACCUAUGUGAUUCAUCAAACUCUCUAGAGGCAAAAACAUGGGAAUCAGAACUUCAGAAAAUACAAAAUCAAGUUAAAACUGCUGAAAGGAAGCAGAAAGAGAUAAACAGGUUGUUUUCUGAUUGUAUGUCUCAGCUUGUUGGUUUCCGAGAUGCACUUGAAGAGGAGGAAAAAGCAGAUAUGAUAAAGCAUGAAGCAGCAAAGCUGGCAUUUGAUAACGCUUCGACACAGCCACGUGAGAUAACCAUUGAUGACACGGAUGAUGAUGAUGAUGAUGUUCAGUUUAUACAGAAAACAUACGACCCUAUGGUAGCCAUCAAGAGACAGGGGGAGAUCACUCAUGUGUUGCAGUCCUUUAAAAAAGAGCCUAAUGCUGGUUCCACUGUAACACCUAGCCAGACCAGAGCUAAUCUAUCUGCUGCAUUAUCAAAUGCUGGGAGCCAGAAUCCAAAAUGGAAAUUACAACAAAUGAGGGAACAUUUUAAAAAUUCACUAAACCCCACGGCAGCUCCUAGUACAUCCCUGUCAUUGUUAUCAUCAUUUACAUCAUCACCAUCAUCAUCAUCACCACAAGCUAUGUUUCCUACUAUAGCUAGAAGUAUGCAGCACAGUCAACAUGCUCAAAACAAUCAGAUGGCAGCCUUAAGUCUUCUGCAGCAGAAAAAGCAUGCAUCAAGUUCGUACCAGAUGACCUCCUUACAGAAUCAAGAACGCAUGGAAAGAACGUUUCUUGAGGAUGUCAAUAAAAUGAAGCCUGGUAUGACAGUAUUGAGCAGACGUACAGGUGACAUGUGGGAGAAGGGAACUAUUACAGAAAUAUACAGUAUUACCAGACCAGUGGAUGAGAGGAAAUACAAGAUCAAAUUUGAGCAAAGAAAAAUAUCAAAGGUUGUCACACCUAAACAAGUGGCGUUUCUAGAUAGUAUAAACAAACCUGUUACUGUAGGAACCAGGAUUAUUGCUCUAUAUAAAGAUGAAGACACAGACGAUGCUUUCUAUGCUGGGAUUGUAGCAGAAGCUCCCAAUGGCAGAAAUGAGCUAAGGUAUCUUGUGUUCUUUGAUGAUGGUUAUGCUCAGUACUGUAGCUCCAGAGAAAUUCACAAAGUAUUCUAUCAAAGUAAGAACGUUUGGGAUGAUAUUCAUCCAGACUCACAAGAUUUUGUCAAAGAUUAUUUGGCUCAGUAUCCAGAGAGACCAAUGGUACGUCUACACAAGGGACAGACAGUGAAGACAGAGUGGAAGGGUAAAUGGUGGACAGCCAAGGUGGAUGAAGUGGACGCGAGCCUUGUCCUGAUGUUCUUCCCGUAUGAUAAACGUAGUGAAUGGAUCUACAGGGGAUCCACAAGAUUAGAACCUCUUUAUACCGCACUCGCUAAUGCAGAAGCAAACAGAAAUGCUGGUAAAGUCAAGAGACAUAACCUAACUGUAGCAGGGCCAAAGAAACCAGUUGUAGAAUAUACACGAAACAACAGCUCUGAUAAUAAUUCACCAGCUAAAGCUGAUAAGAAGAAGUCUGUAGCUAAGAAGAGUACAACACAGGGGUCAACACUAAACACAGGUCAGAUAUGGGAGGCUCCGUGGAUCAAAAUAAAGAAAGAUAAAGGCGGGGCUGAGGAUAAGAAACCCUCCCUUAAAGUACAGUCUCAAGAUAAGUUUACAACAUCUACAAUCAGUAGUGGUGGUAAUACUAGUAAGAGCAGUAAAGAUAUGGCAACAGUAUUACAAGAAAGGCUUGCUCCAUCAGAAGAUGCCGGAACUGUUGAUCUGGAAUCAUUUGGUACCAGACGGGACCAUAUUAUAUCUGCCAAAGAUAAGAUACAUAAAAAGAUGGUGAAACAUGUAUGUAGCAGAAAAUGUUUGAAUAACAUAAAUGAUGAUCCCGAAAAAUUGAAGGGGAAUAAUCCAUUACUUAUACCACUGUUUUAUGGAUGGGAAAGGCAUGUAGCAAAGACAAAACCAUAUGGAAGACGGGUUGUGUUUUAUCGUGCACCAUGUGGGAGACGUUUACGUAAUCUAGAUGAGGUGGAUUCAUUCCUUGAAAUUACAAAGAGUGGUCUAAGUAUUGACAACUUCUGUUGUGAUGCAGAACUACAUGUACAUCAUGAAUUUAUUCCUGUCAAGACAUUUUGUGACAUUAAAGAUAUAUCCUAUGGCAAGGAGAAUGUGGUUAUAUCAUGUGUUAAUGGUAUAGAUAGACAAUAUCCAGACUAUGUCGACUAUUCUAAUCAGCGUAUUCCUGCCUCAGGGGUCAAAUUAAAUCUUGACCCCAACUUCCUGGAAUGUUGUGAUUGCGAGGACAACUGUAGGGACCGUACGAAGUGCCGAUGUCAGCAGCUGACAAUCGAGACGUCUGCUGUUAUAAAUGGAGGGAAACCAAUCCCUGAUGCUGGGUACCAUUAUAGACGCUUACAAGAGCCGCUUCUGUCCGGGGUGUAUGAGUGCAAUUCACGAUGUAAAUGUGACAAUCGAUGCCGUAACAGGGUCGUACAAAAUGGCCUAUCUAACAGACUUCAGGUGUUUAAAACAGAAAAAAGAGGUUGGGGUUUACGUUGCCUUGACGACAUUCCAAAGGGAGGUUUUAUUUGUAUCUAUGCAGGCCAGUUGUUAACAGAUCAAGGUGCGAACGAGGAUGGACAACAAUAUGGAGAUGAAUAUUUAGCUGAACUAGACUAUAUAGAGGUUGUUGAGAGACAGAAGGAAGGUUAUGAGAGUGAUGUAGAAGAUAUAGAUGAAGGUAUAGGAGGAGAUGAUGCUGAAUUUGAAACUGAUGAAAGUGAAGAAGCUGGCAUUGGUUCAGAUUCUGAUGAGUCAUUUACAGAUAAAAAAGCUGGUCGCCUAGAAGAAACAGUGUCUCAAAAAUUACAUGUUACUAGAAGAAAAAGUCGCCAGGAGUCGGAGAAGCAGAAGACAAGCAGAGAAGUUUCCGCUGAGAAACAGUUAAAGAAGAAGCAGACGGCACAGAAGAGUACAUCAGGGGGACCUAUAAAGUCACCAGAAUCUACUGAUUGUGAUUUACCUGAUCUAGAUGAAACAGAGGUGCCAGUAUUAGAUAGUACAUCAGAGAAGAAAAGAAGAACAGGCAGAUCUACAGCUGCAAGAUACGGACAGAUCAACCCUUCAAAGAAAGAUGGAAAAGAUAAUACAGAGGAUAAUGAAGACAGUUUUCAUGGUCCAUCAACUCGUGAUUUCUACCAGGAUGAGCAAUCAUGUUAUAUAAUGGAUGCCAAAUCAAUGGGAAAUAUUGGACGAUACCUCAACCAUAGCUGUUUUCCAAAUGCGUUUGUACAGAAUGUUUUUGCUGACACUCAUGAUCUCAGAUUUCCUUGGAUUGCAUUUUUUGCAGGACAGUAUAUAAGUGCAGGCUCAGAACUAACAUGGGACUACAACUAUGAAGUUGGCAGUGUGCCAGGGAAGGUUUUAUACUGCUACUGUGGCUCAGCAGACUGUAGGGGCAGAUUACUCUAGUUACAUGUAGUAGAUAAGUUGAUAAAGGGGCAAUCACUCUGUGGACUGUCAUUUUAAGAUGAGGUGUAAAAAGAAAGUUUUUUGUUGUUACACAUAGGGGCAGUGUUUGAAAAAGAUAAAUAAUCAAGAUGUCAUCCAAAAAUGAGAAGAAGAAAAAGACAUGUAUCAGCCUGAAAAAUAUAAAGACGGGGAAGAAGUUCAGUGUAUUGGAAACUUGAUUGAAAUAACCUUUGCUUGCAUGAAUAAAGUGGAGAGAACCGUAACUUGCAUGAAUGAAGAGGAGAGAAUUUUACACUAAAGUUGAUUAGAAUAUAAUGGGUUAAGAAUUUAUUUAUUAAUUGAAGGUUACUAUAAUGGAAAAUGGUUUGUUGACAUGUUAGGUUGAGAGGAAAAAGAGAUCCUAUAUCCUGAAUAUGAACAAGGGCAAAAAGUGUUUUACAAUUUACAUAAGAUUAAAAUAAAAACAAAUGGAAAGAAAAGCUUAUUAAUUAAACUUUUAUAUGAAGAUUAAAAAAGAAGAAUUAUAGAAAUCUAUUUAUUUUCACUUAGUGUAGAGGUGAGCUUUUUGUAGUCAUGUGAUGUCAGAUGCAUAUUGUUAUCCAUUUCUGAAAAAAGAAAAUCUUUGCCUUAUUCAAACUUCGUAGGAUUGAUCCUAAUUAUGCUUUCUGUACAUGAAUGAUUAGCAUAAAUAUUUGACUUGAAUUCUACAAGAGUUACAUAAAUCAUGUCUUUGUAGUCUAAUUCAGUCGUGAAUACAAAAACUUGUAUAGAAAAAUAACUUUGAAAGUCCUUCUUUAGAUCCAAUAAGGCUAACAUCUUAGCAAUUCAAUGUUACAUUGCUUCAAACUUCUUCAGGAGUUUUAUAAAUCAGGCAACUCUUGCUUGUUUUGCAUUUAAGUUAACACAAAAGACACCAAAACCUUCUUUUCUGAAAUUUUAAUGACCAUGAUAUAUGGUAUCAUUUCAAUGUUGACUUCACCAAAACUUACAAACAUCAUGUUUCUUGGGUGAACGAUCAGACCAUGUUUUGUACUUGAGAUGUAGCAUAUUUGUAUAGAACUUGAAUGUUGUAUAUUAUUGUGUAUUGCCUAUUCCAUGUCUGCAGGGAUGUCGUAUAGGAUCUUCAGUUUUGUGAAACAUUGAUAGCUAAAAUUUAUUGAAAGAAGUACUGCAAUCGUCAUUUGUGCAAUUUUUUGUGUGUAUUAAAACUAAGCAAAAUAUAUGAAAUCACGGAUAUUUAUUACAGUUAUAAACAGUAGAUGAUACCAAUACUGCUUCCAAGAUUAAUUUUGUAUAUCGUAUUUACAUCUGAUAUGUUUACUAAGUCAAAACAAGCUGUGAGUAAAGUUUGUCAUUCUUA